AUGUCUAUUAAGGAAUCCAAAGUUUUGUAUCAUGCUACUACAGGAUUACCGCCUUGUUGUUUAAGGAUUUUUCGUAAUCAGUUUGUUUUGGUGGGUACGUACGAACUACAUAAGGCAAGUGGAGUCAGAACUGGUUCAGUAGAUGUAUAUGAUAGUCAGUUGAAUUUGCUUAAAUCUUAUCCUACAAUUGGAGCUGUUUUAGAUUUAAAAAUGUCCCCAUUCGAUGACACCUUAGUAGUCACUGCACAUUCUACUGGUAACAUUAUGCUAUGGAGGAUAGAAUAUGUUAAAGAUGGUAUUGAAGAUGCUAACAUUCCAGUAUUUCUUCGUCUUCAAAUAAUAGGGAAUAUACAAUUAUUUGAUACAAAUAUUUUGAUCUCCAGUGUACAUUUUUCUCCAUCAGAUCCAAAAUUAGUUUGUAUUACUAAUACUUCUGGUGAAUCUGCAAUAACGAAUAUUGAAAUUGGUAAAGAAAUUGAAUCUAUUAUAGGCCAAGCAGUAACCAAUUCAUAUGCUAGUAUUGAUCAAAAACUCUUUGUAGCACAAGGGGAGGAGAUAAAUAUGAUGGACACCGUAGUGGAAUUAUUUGAUGAAUCACAUUCAUUAGAGUGUUGGACUGCAGAAUUUGGCCAACUAUCCCCAUUUGAAAAUGUUGUGUUUACUGGUGGUGAUGAUGCUACUAUUAUGGCACAUGAUCUCAGAGUCAAGAAUAAGAUAUGGAGUAAUAAUAGAAUCCAUGAAGCUGGUGUUGUUGGUAUUAAGUGUGCAUCUAAAAAUUUUAGACAUUAUAGACCUACUUCAAUAAUUACCGGAUCAUAUGAUGAUCAUAUAAGAUCUUUGGACCUCAGAAUGAUGGGUGAUACGAUUUACCCUGGUAACAAUGUACCUGCAAUGAAGGUAUCAGAACUAAAUCUUGGUGGUGGAGUAUGGAGAUUUAGUGAAUUGCCAGAAUCAUUGAAAAAGACUCAGCCAUCAAACAAAGAUACAUUGAUGGUCUGUUGUAUGUAUGAUGGUGCAAAAGUGGUUACUAUGGAUGAGGAUGCCACCGAUCAAGGAUCUGAUUACUUCCAGGUUCAGCAUUAUUUGAAAUCUGGACAUGAAUCAAUGUGUUAUGGUGGUGACUGGUCUUCGCAAUUUAUUGCAACCUGUUCAUUCUAUGAUAAAUCUUUACAGCUAUGGAAUCCAUGA